AUACAGGACAGGAGAAGUGGUACUGUGCAGAGUCUGUACAGGACAGGAGAAGUGGUACUGUGCAGAGUCCGUACAGGACAGGAGAAGUGGGACUGUGCAGAGUCCAUACAGGACAAGGGAAGUGGAACUGUGCAGAGUCCAUGCAGGAUAGGAGAAGUGGGACUGUGCAGAGUCCACACAGGACAGGAGAAGUGGGACUGUGAAGAGUCCACACAGGACAGGAGGAAUGGGACUGAGCAGAGUCCAUCCAGGACAAGAGAAGUGGGACUGUGCAGAGUCCAUACAGGACAGGAGAAGUGGGACUGUGCAGAGUCCAUACAGGACAAGAGAAGUGGGACUGUGCAGAGUCCGUACAGGACAGGAGAAGUGGGACUGUGCAGAGUCCAUACAGGACAGGAGAAGUGGGACUGUGCAGAGUCCGUACAGGACAGGAGAAGUGGGACUGUGCAGAGUCCAUACAGGACAGGAGAAGUG